AUGACGUGUGCGGUUGGCUGGUAACCGGCAGGUCGGGGCCUUGUCUUGUUGUUGAGCAACUCCUGCCUGGGCCGCCACUCGUCCGCUUCACUUUGUCCGGGACCUGGAGUUUGUCGGCGGCGGCGGGGCGGUGCUGGCGGGCGUGCCCGAGUGAAAAUAACGCCGGACGUUGAGGCAGGGGUUGGCGGAACGAGAAGAUGUUGAACAUGUGGAAGAUGCGGGAGCUGGUGGACAAGGCCACAAAUGUGGUUAUGAAUUAUUCAGAGACUGAGUCUAAGGUUCGAGAAGCAACCAAUGAUGAUCCAUGGGGACCUUCAGGGCAGCUAAUGGCAGAGAUCGCCAAGUGUACAUUUAUGUACGAACAGUUUCCUGAAGUUAUGAACAUGCUUUGGAAUCGUAUGCUAAAAGACAAUAAAAAGAACUGGAGGCGCGUCUAUAAGUCCUUGCUACUUUUGGCUUACCUCAUACGGAAUGGGUCAGAACGAGUAGUUACCAGUGCCCGAGAACACAUUUACGAUCUGCGUUCGAUGGAAAACUACCACUUCGUAGAUGAAGGUGGCAAGGACCAAGGAAUAAAUGUGCGACAGAAGGUGAAAGAAAUGGUUGAAUUUGUACAGGAUGAUGACCGUCUGCGAGAAGAGCGGAAAAAAGCCAAGAAAAACAAAGACAAAUACAUUGGGGUUUCUUCAGACAGUUCGGGAGGCUUUAGAUACAGUGACAGAUAUGAUUCAGAGCCAAGAUCCAAAUGGGAUGAUGACUGGGACAGAGGCAACAAAGGUGUUUUUCCAUUCAGUGAAAAGCUUGGAGAGAUAAGUGAUAAAAUUGGGACCACAAUUGAUGAUACGAUCAACAAGUUCAGAAAAAAAGACAAAGAUGACUCACCAGAAAGCGAUAGCGAGGAGGAGAGAAGAUCUAGAAACAAUGGCAAGAUUGGGAAAUCUGAAUACAAGGACAAUGAAGAGAUGGUGACGACCAAAUCUAUCCAUAUCACCCAAGCAACAGAGACCACGACCACCCGGCAUAAACGAUCCGGAGUACCUUCCAAAACUGUUGACCUCGGCGCUGCAGCCCAUUACACAGGAGAUAAUCCAAGUCUAGAAGAAAACUCUGCUGCAAAGGUUUCAACACCAAACUCAGUUAACAGCAAGCCAGCAAAUAACCUGGUGGAUCUACUAUUUGACACAGGAUUUGAAUCUAAUCAAAUUCCUUCUACAGGUGGGACAGGUGAACAACUUGGUGGGUUUGCAGACUUUGCCUCCGCAAAUACAACACAGAGUAACUUCCCUUUGACACCAGGCACAUCAACUGGUAGCAAUGCUGAUUUUGGUGAUUGGCGUGCGUUCAACCAAGCCCAGCCCAGUCAGGUCACUAUGGCAAGUGGGGACGUUUACAACAACAUGCAGCAUGCCCCUGUCCAACCUUCUGCAUCUUUCAUGGAAACAUAUGAUCCAAAUGCUGGCUUGCAGUCAGCCAUGACUACAUCCCAGAGCAUGAACUUUGUUAUGUCAGCUACCAACACCUUAGCCAUGACUGGUACCAGCAUGUCCAUGUCCAGAUCCCAGCCUUUGCAGAUGUUAUCUACGCCUUUGUCGAGGCCUAAUGCAAUCCCCACACACAAUAUGCAGGACAACCAGAAAGUAGCCAAGCCAUCUUUGCCUUCCACCUGGUCAGAUCCAAGUGUUAACAUCAGCUUGGAUUUUCUCACACCUGGCAUGCAAUCUCCUAAGCCCCAGCAACCAUCACUAAAUACCAUGAUGCAGCAGCAAGGCGCACAGCCACCUGUGAACCUUGUGACCCAGAACUUUUCCACCAUAUCCAUUAGCUCACCAACCAGUGUGAUGCCUCCACGACCUCCAGGAGCAUCUCAUUUGACGGCAAACAACGUGCCUGUGGGGAUGGGAAUGCAAAACGUGAUGGGGACUGGUGCUGUUGGGAUGAAUCCUAUGGGUGUUCCUCAGGGCAAUGUGAUGAACCAAGGAAUGAUGGGGAUGAACAUGGGAAUGGCUCCUGCUGGCAUGACCUUGACAGGUUCCAUGGGCAUGGUGGGUGUUCCUGCCAUGGGUAUCAGUGCCAGUAUGCAGCCCGCAAUGGUGCAAUCCAAGCAAGAUGCCUUUGCCAAUUUUGCCAACUUUAGCAAAUGAGAAAGCUGGAAAGACUCCAUUAUCUAGAUGAAGGUGUGAAGGCUGCACAAAAUAGUACUUGAAAUACAUGAAGAUAGGCUGUCUUAAAUUUUUAUAGCUGUAAAGAACAAGUUUUGUGAAGAAUAUGGCAUAUUUUGUAUUGGGAGAAAUCCAGUUGGCAAGAUCUGUGCUAUGAAAUGUGUAUGUCUGUUCUUAACAGAGGUUCUUGAAGUAAAGUCCCUUUCAUUGGCAUCUUGUUUGCGAGAUACACCUUGAAAGCCUUUUUUUAAAUCUUGUUCAAUUUUAACUUUAUUGAAAUCAAAGGCCAGACAUGGAUUAGGAAAAGCAGUUCAUAUCAACAAAUUUUGUACCUAACUGAAUGGCCUUUGAGUCGGAUUCCCACCAAAAUCAUUAAAUUCCAGACUAGAAUCAUUAAGUUUUGUUGUUCUUUACCUCUUUAUCUGGACACAAUCAUUCUCUAGCAGCUUGAUAAUCAAUAUGUGUAUAUAUCCUUUUAUGUAACAAAUGAAUGCAAACCUAUUAAAAAUAAAAAGGUCUACCUAAGGUACCAAAAAUAAUAAACCUGAUUACUGGAAUGUAAAUAGUUUGGUGAUAUGUUCCAGUCUUAAUGAAUGAAAUUAAAUCCUUUCUAUCAUGCAAAUGUCUUUAUUAAUAAUUAAUAAAUGGUGGUAGUUGCAGCUUUUAAUUUAGUUUGUUUUUCCCCUUUCUUUAAUGGUGAUGAAAUGCAGCUUAAUGAUUUAGGAUAGAAGAAGGGCAAGUCAAGUCAUUGACUUAAGCACAGAUCAUGGUCAAGUUAUUGUUCUAGUUUUUUACGAGCACACCUGCACCCAGAAACUUUUUUUAUCCCCUCAGCCACAUAAACAAGCCAGAUGCGCAAUACCCAAGACAUUCCUCUCUGCUAAGCCUGCCCUUUCUUCCAAAGUGACAUAAGGGGAAAAGUGUUUUGCAUUUCAUCCAAAAAUGUGUACACUAUCAUUUUCCUUUUUCUCUCUCUCUCGCUCUCUCUCUCUGGUUUGCGAAUAAUUCUGUUCUUGAUCACUGCUGAAUGACGACUGGUAUUUCACAAUGCAAAACAAUGUUAUCUGUUUGUCGGAUAUGAACUUCACAGAGAAGAGGCACUCAUUGCCAGUGAUGUGGUUGCUUCCCAACGAGUCAGAGGAGAAAAAAUGUUUCAAUUGUACUCAUGACCAUUCAUGUAUUAUGACAAACUAUUAAUUAAAACCUGUACUUAAAAUCUU